CUCUGCCGCCCGACAGAAUACAGCUCUGUCUGAUUUAUUGUACUUUUACAUCCAUAUAUUUAGAUUCUCUUUUGUUUUGACAGGUUGAAUUUGUGAACAUGGCCAAGGUGGUUCUUCUGCUCUCUGUUCUGUUGUUUCUGCUGGUUAUGAGCUCUGGGUUGAUAAAAUUCCAAACUGUGGACCAACAACUGAACUGGAAUGACGCUCAGAAACACUGCAGGGCAAAGUUUGCUGACUUGGCAACUGUAGUGACUUCUGAGGAGAUAGAAUACUUUCAUGUAGCACCAAAUAACUCCGAGGGUCAAGAGGAAGAUGAAUUUUGGAUUGGACUCUACGAUGAUGUAGACAGCUGGACGUGGUCCAUUGACGGCACAUAUCUCGAAAACAGCGGAAGAGACGAGUUUGGAAACUGGACGGACAAUGAUGGUGGGGAUGAGCAUUGUGCGCAGUUAGAAAAUGGGACGUUGGAUGAUUGCUCUUGUGAUCUCCUGAGGAAUGCUCUGUGCUAUGACAACUCUACUGAGACGUACUUGCUGUCCACAGAGCUGAGGAACUUUGAGGACGCCCAGACUUACUGCAGACAGCACUCUGGUGACUUAACCAGCAUUAAAAACGGCACGGAGCUAGAGGAAGUGGUCGACAUCGUUGGUCACAAUUCAAGCUGCUGGAUUGGUUUGUCAAGAGAGGCCUGGAAAUGGUCAGACCAAAGCCUUUCACCGGUCCAAUUCUGGAGAUCCUCCCAGCCAGGAAAUGAAGAUGGUGAUGAAUUUUGUGGGUUCGCAACAUCGAGUGGGUUUGGCGAUUCUCUCUGUGAGGAAAAGAGAAGUUUUGUCUGCUCUGUUGCCCCAAAGAAGUACGUGAAGCUCAAUUUUGUCUACAACUCAACCAGCCAGGAUCCAUUCUCAAAAUCCUUCUUACUGGCAGCCAUAACAGAAAAUAUACUGGUGAAGUUGACAAAUAAUGGGAUUGUCCAGCAUGUGAGAUUCACCUGGAAGUGA